AUGGAUGUUCCAGUUUUCACUCUUUCAAAUUGUAGUGGCUCUACCGAAAGAAUUACUGAGAAAUGUUUGCAAGUAAUUGAAAAAUUUCAAAAUAUUUAUAAUCAGUAUCCUGAUUUUAUUUCAAGAUCUCCUGGAAGAGUUAACAUAAUUGGUGAACAUAUUGAUUAUGAAAAUUUUGCUGUUUUGCCAAUGGCAAUUGAGAGGAGUAUAUACUGUGCGGUUAAAGUCAUCAAUGAUGAUUUCAAUCCUUCAAUUACUCUAUAUAAUAAUAACAGUGGAUUAUUUGCCGAACGAAUGUUUGGAUUGCCAUUAGAUGGUUCUUAUGUAGAUAUUGAUCCUUCAAUCUCAGAUUGGUCAAAUUAUUUUAGAUGUGGUUUAAACGUUGCUCAAAAGUUUUUGAAGCAUUUAAAUCCAAAUAAGUAUAACAAUUCACCAUUAUUAGGGUUGAAAGUGUUUGUACAAGGUGAUAUUCCACACAGUGGUGGUCUUUCAUCAUCUGCCGCAUUUAUAUGUUCAGUUGCAUUAUUAAUUAUAAGGGCGAAUAUGGGACCAAACUAUUCAAUAAGUAAAAAUAUUCUAUCACAAAUUACAAUGUCAAGUGAACAUUAUUUAGGUGUAAGUACAGGAUCCAUGGAUCAAAUUGUUUCUAUUAAUGGUUUAAAAGAUCAUUUGUUAUAUUUACAAUUUAGACCAAUUAUGAAAACCACACCAAUCCAAUUUCCAUUCCAAAAUGUACAAUUCAUUAUCGCAGAUACUUUGGUAUCAUCGAAUAAGCUUGAAACUGCCUCUACCAAUUACAACCUUCGAGUAAUAGAGGAUUCCAUUGCUGCCAAUGUUCUUGCUAGCAAGUUUGGUUUAUUUAUUGGCAAGCGUACAUCUACGUUUAAGUUUAUAAAUAAUAAUGGUAAUGGUAAUGGAUUUGGGAAUGGACAUUGUAAUGGUGGUGGCCACGGAGAUAAAGGUAAUCUUCGAGAUUUUAUGGAGGCAUAUUGUAUGAGACAACGGUCAAAGAGUUGGGAUGGCGACAUUAAUGUAGGGAUUGAAAUGUUACAAACGAUGCUUGAAAUAAUUGAUCAAUGUUUCCCGAAUAAUCGCAACCAAUGGGUAGAAGGGUAUACAAUUGAUGAGGUUGCCCAAUUGUUAAACAUCAGCCGAAAUGAAAUUGCUAGUGAAUAUUUAACAAUAUAUCCAGUUAGAUUCCAAACUUUGAAGUUGUAUCAAAGGGCCAAACAUGUUUAUUCCGAGGCAUUGAGAGUGUUGAGAUCUGUUGAACUGUUGAGCAACCAUGAAAUGAAUGAAUUUGAAUUUUGCUCAAGAUUUGGUGAGUUAAUGAAUGAAUCACAAAAAUCAUGUGAGUUACUGUAUGAGUGUUCUUGUGAAGAGAUUGAAGAGAUAUGUACUAUAGCCCGGUUAAAUGGGUCGAUUGGAUCCCGAUUGACUGGAGCUGGAUGGGGUGGCAGUACGAUACAUAUGGUACCGGGAGGAAUUGAACAAGGGGAGAGAGUGAAAGAGGCGUUAAUAAAUAAUUAUUAUAUUCGUCGAUAUCCUCAUAUUAGUAAAGAAGAAUUGGCCAAUGCUAUAAUAUUUACGAGUCCAGCGAUGGGUAGUUGUAUUUAUGAGUUAUAG